AGACGCAGCGGUUCAAGCUCAGAUAUCCAGUGGCAGCAGCACCCCAGGGAUCCCCAGGGCAAAGAUGAUUGGAACUCAGGCUCAGGAUUGGCCAACAGUACAUCAGUCGGCUGAAAUGCAGGCAUUAAGGGACUAUGUGACUGCAGCAGAUGGCUACAGAUAUGCCAAUCAAGCUGCGAGCACAUUGCGGCUGGACGUCACACACUCCAAUCUGAUUCAGAGAUGGCAUGACCUUGUUUUCGACAGCAGCAUGACAGUUGGCCGAGUCAAAGAGAAGUUGUACUUCCAUGGCGGCACUCCAGCAGAGCACCAGGAGCUCUACUUGAGACGAGGCGGUGGCGACACCUUGUUCCUCUGGGACGAGAAAAAGACUCUGGCAGAUUAUGGAGUCAAGAAUGGUAUGGAGCUCCACAUCAAGGACACAAAUCCCUACUCCUUGUCCGCAAACGGAGGAUUGGAGGACGUGAGUCAGGUUCAGAAGUAUGUCAUGGCAGACGAGGAAUACGACAAGCUUGAAAACAGCGUUCGAGCAGUCAAGCGAAGAGAGAAGGAGAAGGCUGCAGCAGAACGAGCUGCUCGGAUAGCUGCUGGAGAUGUCAGCUUCACAGACGAAGUCAUUGAAGAAGAGCCCAGUGAAAGCAUCGAAGAGGUUUCAGCGAGAAUAACAGUAGGCAGCCGGUGCCAGGUGCACCCCGGCGGCCGCCGUGGGGAGGUGGCCUUUGUCGGCAGUGUGAGAGGUGCCAAGGGCGUGUGGAUUGGUGUCGGCUUGGAUGAGCCACAGGGCAACAAUGAUGGCUCAAAGGCUGGAGAGCACUACUUCGAUUGCAAGGGCGAGAAGUACGGUUGCUUUGUUCGACCUGACAACGUCGAAGUGGGUGACUUCCCAGAGUUAGAUCCUUUCGCUUCAGACGAGGAGUUUUGAGUCAGG